AUGUUAUCUUCUAUUUUUAUUUAUCUGCUAUUACCUGCUGUAUUUAGCCAGUCGGCUAAAACUGGGGAAACUGUGAGAGCCUUAGCUACCGCGGAGCUUGUCGGCAGCAUUAAAGGAACGCUUAUACUCAAGGAGCGGGAUAGCGAUCUUCUCAUUGAGGGGCAAUUAGAAAACGUACCAUUUGGAAAGCAUGCGAUCCAUGUCCACGAGUUUGGAGCAACAGGGAAUAAAUGUCUUGACGCAGGUGGCCACUAUAAUCCAACCGGCCAAGACCACGGAGGACCCGGGGAUUUAGACCGUCACGUUGGUGACUGGGGCAACUUCGACGUCGAUUCAGAUCCUUAUUCUCUCAGGUUUACAGAUCAUGUCGCUAAACUGGACGGGGUUCAUAGCAUAAUAGGUAGAACGAUUGUGAUCCAUGAAGGCAUUGAUGAUCUUGGUAGAGGAGGUAACCCAGCUUCGAGAGCUAAUGGUAACGCAGGCGCGCGUCUUGCCUGUGGUAUGUGCCUAAAUUUUCAUCAGUUAAUUUUCUUUCUCAAGAUUUGUGGACUUUAA